ACCACUGUCGGGGACAAACCUGGUGCGGAUAAUGAUGCGGAAGAUGAAGACGCCAUGAUUCGGGCAAACGCAGCUCGUCGAAUGCAUGGCGCUGCACCAAUGAACAUUUCCACCGUGAUCAACUAUGGCCAACAACCAAUCCCGGUUAGUUCAGCUUCGAACUUGGACAAUGCACUUUUGGGUGGAUUGACUUCCGCCCCAAUCUCCGGUCUGCCACCCAUGUUCCCACCAAACGUUCCGCCACCAGGCCUUGGCGGAUCGAAUGUGAUUUUACCUACAUUCGACCCAUCACAGCCUCCCCCACCAUUGAGCGCAGUGCCACCGCAUUCCGUGCCAUCCGCUAGUGCCGCCUUCGGACCAAUGGUUGCGACCGCUCCAACAAUUCCGGUGCCUGUGUCAAUUCCAGAGAUUGUUCCUCCGGCAAGCACUAUUCCAGCUCGACCAUUCUCUCUGGACGCGGUCACCACGCCAUUGCCGCGCGCACUCCAACGUCAGCUGGCCCGGGAUGCCUUUCAGCGUAUUUUGGAUGGAUUCGAAGAUUCGACAGCACGCCGGAUUCCCGUUGGUACGGACAAUCAGCUCCUACUAACCAGCAUAGGGGGAACGGAACCGGGGUCGACAACACAGCAGCUGUGUAGAAUGAAACUGCUUACCCGUUUAACCACCCGUCGGUUCGGUGGGAAUGAGUUCUACAGCAGUGAGUUUGAACACUACUCA